AAAAAAAGAAAAAUAAGAGAGCGAAAGAUUAAAAUGGGAAAUAACACUUCCUCUAAAUCAACUCAAUUUAUUAGUAAUUCAAAUCCUGAUAAUCUAACAUCUUUCAUCAAUAUAUCUAAAAAUAAUUCUCAUUUAUUUUAUAAAUCAUUCAAGAAUACAUUUAAUACAUAUAAUAUAAGUAAUAUUAAUAAGGUUAAUCCAAUCAAUAUACUUGAUCAAUCCAAACACUCUACCACCACUUCCACCUCCACUACCACUACCACUACCAAUACGAAUAAUAAUACGAAUAAUAAUAAUAAUAAUAUAAAUAAUAAUAAUAUUAAUAUUAAUAUUACUUUAAGUCAAAAUUCAAAUACUACAAGUACUACUAAUAGCAAUCCCUCUAUUGAUCUCAUUCCCAAGAUCCUUGAAGAUAAUAGUUACAAUUAUAAUAGUCAUAAUAACUAUAGCAAUAACACUUCAGAUCCUUCAACAGUUGUCUCAGCUUAUAACGUAACCUCAAUUCCUAAUACAAAUCAAUUGAUUGAUAAGAAUACGAUAAUAUCGACGUUGAAUUCCAAAAUGGUAAAUUCCAAAGAUCAUAAUGAUAAUAAAUUGAUAGAUAAAGCUAUAGAUGGGUCUAUAGAAUAUGAUGAAAACAGUUAUUUUCAAAACAAAUUGAUUUCAGAUGAUAUUAUUAAAAAUUUAAAUUGUCCAGAUAAUAUUAUAUCUAGUAGUUCUUUAUUGAAGUUUAAUAACGAGAGUAAAGAGAAUAAAUACCCGAUAGUUAUUGGACUUGAUAUUAAGAAAGACAUUGAUAAUCAUGAUAAUAUUAUGAAUGAUAUUGAUGUUAAUGUUGAUGUUGAUGUUGAUGUUAAUGAUAACGAGAUAUAUAUUGUUGGAUCAUUUACUAAUUGGCAAAAGAAAAUUAAAUUGAAUAAAGAAGGUGAAUAUUAUUAUUCGAUUGAACUAAGAUUACCGAAGAAUGUGUACAACUUUCAAUUUGUUUAUAAGGAAAGAUUGAUCUGCUCAAAGAAUUAUUUAAAAGUCGCCAAGGCUAAAGAUUAUUAUGUCAAUUCGUUUGAGAUUAAAGAAUUGGAUAAAGAGUAUGGAGAAGGUAAAGAGAAUAUAUCCAAUUUAAAUUUGAAUUCAAAUUCAAAUUCAAAUGAGGAUAAAGAGAGUAAGGAAUCUAAAAAUGAAAUAUAUUCAUUUCCUGCACCAUUAAUGGACAAUUUUCAAGACAUGAGCAUAAAAUCAAUGUUAUCUCUAAAGAGUGAAGAUAAGGAAACUAGCGGUGAAAUGUAUGAGGAGAACUUUUCAAGAUUUGAUAAAAACAAAGAAAAAAUUACAGUCGACUAUUCUAAAGAUAUUCCGUUAAUAUAUACAGACAAUUAUAAUUUUUUUAGUGAUGAAGAUUUUGAGAGGUUUGAUAGCGAUUCAUUACUCAGGAAAAGUGGGUUGCCAUCGCCACCUACGCUUCCACCAUAUCUUAAUAGUGUUUUAUUAAACAAGAAUCACAGACAAAGAAGAAUGUCAAGUAAUUCUGAUAAUCAUAAUGGGACAAUCAGUUCGUAUAGUGAGAGUGAAAAUGAAGUUCUUGAGGUGCCAAAUCAUGUAAUUUUGAAUCAUUUGAUAACUACUAGUAUUAAAAAUGAUAUAUUAACAGUUGCUUGUAUAACUAGAUAUUCUGAGAAGUAUGUUACGCAAAUAAUGUACACACCAAGUCGAUGAAUAUUGAAUUGUUUAUUAGUGGAUUUUUUUU